AUGGACUCCGAGGACGAGAUGCUAGGCUCCGAGGACGAGAUGCAGUACUACGAUUCUGAGGAUGGAAAUAAUACGGAGGACUACGAUGAAGACGUUAACUUCAUGGAGGAGGAGGAGGAGGAUGAUUAUAAGCUCUCUCCGAGGGAAAAAAACUAUAAGGUGUUGAAUGAGUCCGAUAUACGGGAACGCCAAGAAGAUGAUAUCACUGCUGUAGCAUCUCUGCUUUCUCUAUCAAGACCUGCCGCAAGCCUAGUUCUUCUCCACCAAAGCUGGAACUUGGAGUCAUUGAAGGAGGCAUGGUUUGAGGACGAAGAUAAAGUCCGAGAAGCUGUUGGCCUGUUACCUGCAUCUGGACCAGUACCAGUUGUUGAGUCGCCGGAAAAGUCCGGAGAAGUCAAGUGUAGGAUCUGUCUGGAAGCCUGUCCAAGGGGGAAGAUGAAGUCAGCUGGCUGUGGCCAUCUCUUUUGCUGUGUAUGUUGGGGAAGCUACAUCAACAUAUCCAUUGCUGACGGUCCGGGGUGUUUGUUGCUGAGAUGUCCUGACCCUCCUUGCCGUGUUGCAAUCGAUGGAGAGAUGAUUGAAACGUUCAGCUCCGAGGAGCAUAAGAGCAAGUACUCUUAUUACUUGCGUAGGUCUUACAUUGAAGCUAGCAAGAAAACUAAGUGGUGUCCUGCUCCGGGGUGCGAACAUGCUAUUACUUAUUGUGGUUAUGAUGGAAACUGCGAUGUGUGUUGCCACUGUAAAUAUAAGUUUUGCUGGAAUUGCACCGAGGAACCUCACCGGCCGGUGGAUUGUCAGACUGUGAAAGAGUGGAUUUUGAAGAACAGCAAUGAGGCCGAGAAUACGAACUGGAUAUUGGCCAACUCCAAGCCAUGUCCAAAGUGCAAGCGAGCGAUUGAGAAAAACCAGGGUUGUAUGCACAUGACGUGCACGCCGCCUUGUAAAUUUGAGUUCUGCUGGCUAUGCCUCGGUCGGUGGUCGGAACAUGGUGGCUCGAAUGGUGGUUUUUAUGCAUGUAACAGGUACGAGAAAGCUAAGAAAGAGGGUGCUUACGAUGAGGAAGAGAAGAGAAGAGAGAUGGCUAAGAAUUCUGUAGAGAAAUAUACACAUCAUUUUGAGCGCUGGCAGAGCAAUCAUUCCUCGAGGCAGAAAGCUCUUGAGGAUUUAGAUCAAAUGCUGACUGUGAACAUGGACAAGGUGAGAGGGAAUCAGAACACGAGCCAGGCUGCUGUCGAUUUUUUAGUGAAGGCUUGGGAACAGAUUGUUGAAUGUAGGAGAAUGCUGAAAUGGACUUAUGCGUAUGGGUACUACCUACCUGAACAUGAUACUGCUAGGAAGACACUUUUUGAGUUCUUGCAGGGUGAAGCAGAGUCUGGCUUGGAAAAGCUUCAUCAAUGUGCCGAGGAGGAGGUAAAGCCCUUCCUAGAGGAAGGUGUCGGCCCGUCACAAGAAUUCAACCCAUUCAAAACAAAACUAGCUGGACUGACUUUAGUAACCAAGAACUACUUUGAGAACCUCGUAAGGGCAUUAGAAAAUGGCUUAUCAGAUGUGGAGUCUCAGCAAGCUGGCUCAUCAGAUAAAGCUGGCAAGGUCGUGAAAGAUCCGAAAAAGAUGAAUGCAGAAGUGGAAUUAGACAAGGAAUUGGACGUCUGGAACUAG